AUGGCGAUGCAGGAGGCCUCAACAGCAUGGCAGGCUCUGAUGCAUGCCGGUGAAGCAUUGGAGCGUAUGAAGAAUGCUAUGUUUGUCGCACAAGAGUUGAGGCAAUCCUACGCUGAUCUCUGGGAAACCAAUGCAAGCAGUUCGUCUACAUGGCUGUCCUCCAUCGAAGACGCACGCACACAGCUAGCAGUAGCGCGUGAGCGUGGAGAAGAGGCGAUCCAGGUAGCCCCUCUCUUUGCUGAAUCGACACGUCUCUCCGACACACGCGCUUCUCUGCACAGGCAGUAUAUCCGCAUCCACGCUGACACGCUAGCCUUGGAACUUCAGCUGGAAAGUGACCGCAUGCGACUCAUCCUCUACGAUACAUGCGUUGAGUGUGAAAAGGCCGUGAACGACGCUCACGACGCUUACGUACAAGCGCAAGACGAUCCUUCCACGAAGGAUGCAUGGACCUCUGCGCAGCAGCGGGCUAUGCGACUCCUCACGACCCUGCAGCAGGCACCCUUAUCGUCGACGCACGGCGCCGCACGCGAGCGGAUUGCCCGUGUGCAGGAGGCGUGGUACGCGUUCCAGCCACGCACAUAUACAGAAACCAACAUGGAGGCGCUCACACAGGCUAUUCAGCAGGACUUGUCGCUACAUUCCCCUCCGCACACCAAGCGCCAAGGAGGCGAUACGCCAGACGCACGUAAGCGCCGCAUUUCCUACGGCACACCAAGCCGACUCCCACGCACGCCGUCUAGGCCAUGGGCACGCACACCCAGUCACUCGGCACGUCGUCCUAGCACCACAGGGCACAUUCGCACAGAACGUAGCGUAAGUGUCGCAGCGCCUGUAUCUACGCCGCGAUGGACAGGGACGAUGGCGCCACGAGACGAGGUGGAUUCGCCUUCCGUGCAUGUGCAAGCACGGCCCAAGUCGGCUAUGGAUACGCAUCAGUCCUCACAGCCUCGGCGCGUUUCUCGUCACGACUCUAUGCUACCGCGCUUGGCGCGCAGUGGCGUCCCAGCUGUCCCUCCGAUCCCUGCUGAGCUCGCUACUUCCUCGCCAGCCACGCCGCAUUUGCACCGCUCCUCCAGUCGUGUAUACACGCCCAAUCGCAUGCCGGCGAUACGCACAGGGACGCCCAGCCGACCUAACCUAACGACGCCCUCGCGCAUGCGAUAUGAAGCGCGCGAUGCGUUGGAUCUGGGGGUGCGGCGUAUCUGUGAGGCUCGCGGCGUGCGUGUCGACCGACUUGAUACCUUGUCGACCGACUCGGGCGAUUUAUGCCAUCGGUACCACAUGUUUUCCAAGACAGUGGUGUGCCGAUUGCUUCGUAUGCAUUGCCCAGCGAACCCCCGCGAUGUGGAACUACGUAAUAUACAUGUACGUGUAGGAGGCGGCUGGCUCGAUCUCGACGCAUGGAUCGCAUCGCGUCUGCCACCUACCUAG